AUGCUUCCACUGGGUCCCUCUGCGUCUUGCUGUCACCACAGUGACGAUGGGCCUUCUUUGAAGCGCAGUCUGGAAGGUGCGACGCCCACGAUCCAUGCGUCCCGACCCCUCUAUUCGCGGCUUUGUAGGUAUUUCGUGAGCCGACUCUUAGUCCUUCUCUUCACAUUCACGCCGGAGGCGCAUGCCCGUUUCCUUCUGCCUCUUUCGCACUCCUCCAUUCCUGCCUGGCGCGACGCCUCUACUUGGCUGUCCGCGCGUCUUCCCUCGAGUCACCUUUCUAGGCGGAUUUGGUCGCCAUCCUCGUCGAACGGCGCUAAGCGCUCCAGUGGCUUUUCCGUCUUCUCUCUCCCCCCCUUCCCGGGGGGCCUGGACCUCACGUGUGUCUCUGCUGCCGGCCUGCCGCAAGAUUCUUCUCUGGUCCAUGCGUUUCCAUCUGACGGCGCCGGCAAGCCCCCGCUGCUCAGCCGGACGACGCAGGCUGGGGAGACAGCGCAGCCGAGGCCUGCGCUCGGUUCGCCCGGUGGGCGAAUUCUGUGGUGUAUGUCUCCUGAGCGGUUCUGCUCCUUUCUGCCGCCUCGUCGGUGGAUUCGAAGUUUAGCCGUAGCCCACCCACGGGGUCGCCAGACCCCGUGGGUGGAGCGGCGGAGCGGCCUUCGUUUACCCCCGCCGUGCGGAGCCUCAAGGGUCUCCGCGAGACAGCGAGCGAACGCACUCGUGUCUUUUGAGUUGCUCUGCAGGCACCACACGCUUUCUGCGCUCAAUGCGUUUGGACAGAGCUUGGCCUACGGAAGAGAGAAUGCCGGCGCGGAGACACGCGGACUGACGGAAGGAUUGCCUCCGUUCAACGCCCGCGUUUCGCGCAGCGCUGACAACGCCACAGCGGAGAAGGUCGACGAGCUGAAAGGCGCACAGUCGCCCCAGAGAAGCAAGUCUGAAGAGAGGGAACACGGCGCUCCGCUGUCGCUUUCGUCACCGUCCGCCGCGCUGCUAGGAAAGACGCGGGAAGCAGCUCUCGAGGAACUCGAGAGGUACGAACGCAUUCGAGACACUCGUCUGCUGAUGAGCUGGGACGCCUGGGCUCGUGGCGUCGGCAAGAGCCCAGAGUACCUCAAGACGCUCGUUACACUCGCCUAUUCGUCUCCGUCUGCUUCCUAUAAAGUAGAGAAGCGAGCGAGGCCUGCGGCGGACAAGCGGAGGGGACUCGAUGAAGCUCGCGACGCGCAGACCAACGCGAGUCCGGACUCGCGUCCGGCGUUUAGUCUGUACGACGACAGCGCCUCCGCGGAGGGAGGAGAGAGAGAAUUGGAGGGCGCAGAGCCGGGCUGCCUGGGGACAAAAAGCCAACAGCUGGAAGGGGCAGACCGGCGGGCAUCUGACGGGCUCAGCCAUGAGGCAGCAAGCAGAGGACAGCAAGCAGCAUCCGCCUCGGGGGGGCCGCGCGAGGGUGGGAGGAACGUGGCGACUAUGGGCAGACGGGCAAUCAAAGGUUGA